AUGCGUCAUAUUCUUUCACAUUCAUCUGGUCUUAGAUCAAAUUAUGAAGAAGAAUUUUAUCAUGGAAUACCAGGAGAUAAUUUCUUUAAAACACAUUUAAUCGAUGUUACCCUUCGAUAUUUAUUAAAUAAAGCAAGUUGGUUAUCUGAAGUAACAGCUGAACAUUAUGUUUACAAUGUAUCAUUGCUAAAUAUUUAUUAUCAAAUAGCAUCACAAAUAAAUAUUGUUCAAGCUUCGGAUGAAACUGAAUGGCUUUAUAUAUCUCAUUAUGGUAUUAGUGUUUAUCCAUCAGCUAUGCUUCGUGUCAACUCGUUCUUUAUCAAUUCAUCUUCAAUCUUUUCUUAA